AUAGUACUCAUUAGGGCAUAGAUACGCGGUUUUGAGUUGAGUUGUCCAAAACAAUGGCAUUCCAAUCCAAGUUAUUUGAGGAAUUAGCUUCGAAGGUUCUGUUUGAGCUUAAGGGAUAAAAAAAAAAAAAAUCAUUUUUAAAUAUUAUUUUAGAUGCUAUGAGAAAAGAAGUUAGUGAAGCAACAUGCCUAUUUAUAACAGUUAACUAGAUAGAAAAUUAACACACACAUACACUAGCUAGCUUCUUCUUCUUGAGUCAAGUGUACCCAGCUGCUCUUAAUCACCCUGCUCCAUUUCUAGUUAUUUGCCUCGGCCUCCUCUUCCAUUUCCUUUUCAAUUCCAAGACUGGUGCAUUUCUUUCUUCUCUUUUACUAACAUUUUAUUGUACGUGUUUACCUUGCAGUUUUGAACAAAAGCGAGUGAAAAGAUGGACUCCGGAAUUGGCUACAGAUUCCAUCCAACCGAUGAAGAAUUGGUGAAUCAUUACCUGAGGCUGAAGAUGCUUGGUUACGAUCAUGAAGUCCAAGAGAUCCCGGACGUUAAUGUCUUGGAUUUUGAACCUUGGGACUUGCCUCAUAUCGAGCAUCCGGAGGUGGUGAUAUCUUAUAACCCAAAUGACCAAGUGUGGUAUUUCUUUUGCCCUCGCAAAUACAGGAACUCAAAUAGUCACAAGGCGAAAAGGACGACGAAUGCUGGAUACUGGAAGGUCACAAGCAAGGAUCGUAAAAUCAACGAGAAUUGUAUAAAAAAGAAUUUGGUUUUCUAUCAAGGUCGUCAUAAAGGGGAGAAGACCAACUGGAUCAUGCAUGAGUACAAUCCCACCUUCAACUUCCCAACCCAGAGGGAUUUCGUUCUUUGCAAAUUGAAGAAGAAGCCAGAUGAUUCAGAUGAUAUGCCAACCUUGGCAGAAGGUGAUCAAUCCAGUACCGUGGUGGCUUCUGCUUCCGCUUCUGGAAACAAUAUAACAGAGGAAGACUCUCAGCUACAAGCAUAUAUGGAAUCAUUUAAUGGCAUCGAUGAAACGGAUUUCAAUCUUAACUACGCACUGCAGUGGCCGACUUACAAUUAUAAUUAAGAAUUUGCACAUGUAUUUGGAAGGGCGUUGCUGAUGCCGCGCGUAGGUAGUUAUGGUUCCUUUUCAGCUACGAGAAGCGAAGAAUAAGUUCAACUUAAUGCAGCAUCUGCUAUUAUAUAUGUCAUAUGUGUAUCAGAGGUGUACUACGUUGCAUGAGAUUUUCUGUUAAAAGUUUUAUAUGUAUUUCCUUCCUGUUUGUUUGCUCUAUGUAAGCCUACGUGCUUGUUUGUUUGUUCUAUGUAAAUGUUUGAUUGUUCUAUGUAAGCGGUAAGCCUAUGUUAUAUAUAUGGGUUUCCUUGUUCAA